AUGUUCGCUCCAAGAUCAACUCACUUACCCCGAACGUAUUCAGUGUACAAUAACAAUCCCACGACAUCGAAGAAGAACACAAACAAGGAAAAUGCGAAUGCUCUACCAACGAAAACACCUUCCAGAGCUGGAAAGUCAGUCGCAUCUUCUGCGGGUACAGGAUUGAGAUUGGGUUUAGGAAUCAAGACUGAAGGUAGAGAUAGAAACGUUCUGUCUCAACAACAACAUGCAGUAGGCGGAGGAGGUAAAGGUAAAGGUAAAGAGGGUGAAGAUAUUGAACCCAAGAGGUUAUUCGCACAGGGAUCGUCCAAAUCAAGUACAUCAAUACCACCUUCAAAGUCAUUAUCAUCCAUGCCACAUAUAAUAACAAAGACACCUGCGCCUUCGAGAAAAGUACAACAGGCUCUCAGGACACCUGCACCUAUUCGUAAUUCGGAGGGACCCGGUCCAACGCCAUUAGCAUCUGCGACUAGAACACGUAGGAGAUCGAGACAGUCUCUCUCAAAUAUCAGUCUCACUCCAAUAAAAUCGCAAAUUGAAGAACAGCUGCAACAACAGCAACAAGAUUUCAAAACGCCAGCUCCGAAACAAUGGGAAGAAGAAUUAAGUCUGGGUAGUAUAGAAGAAGUCGUCAAUGAUUUAGCAACACUUCAAGAUGUAAGGGAAGAAGAUGAAGAUGAUGAUGAGAUUGAAUAUAUGCCUCCAAAAGUCCAAGAACUGCCAUUCACACUCGCAUUUGAUCAUCCAGACCUUACAGCUAUAUUUUCAAAACUCACUUCUCUUCCACCUUUAUGGACUCAUUGCGACCGAGUGAUCAUACAAGAAGUACCUGAAUUUGAAAUUGGUGAAACGGAAAUAUCGCUUUUGAACCUUAAAGAUGAUGAAGAGCUAGAAGAAGACUGGUUAAGACCCAAAAAAUCAAUCGCUGUCCAACCUGCAGAAACAGUCAAACCAACUGCCAAACUCCCAGCAGGACGUGUACCACCUAAGAGCACUAGUAUGGCUGGAUCUGCGCCUCAAAUUGGCAAUACGACUCGUCCGAACCCAUCGAGGGGCAUGGUUCGACCAACUACGACCAAUCCAGGGGUCAGGACGAAACCUCCUGCUCCUGUACCCAGACCGCCACCCAUCAGACAAGGACAUAGUGGAACUGCGACACGAGUCAAAGCCCCCGCUCAAAUACCGGUCAGAAAUAAGAAGAUAACGGUGCUGAGUGACGCUGAACGAAUUCUGUUGGAUUCUUGCGUUGCGGAAUUUGAUGAUGAUGUAGAGCUGAAGUUGGAUAUAUGA